CUAAUACCUCAGAUCUUAUGAUCCCAGUGUCGUACAACCUGCAGCAGCGGCUUUACCUGACGAUCCUGGUUUGGAGAUAAUGGCAAUGUCAUGGCUUCAGUUUUAUCCAACAUUCAGGUCUGGAACAUGCACGCAUCUCAGGGAGCCGAGCGACCGAUCGUUAUCCUUGGCUUGGUGGUAACAACGAGCCUUGGCAUUUUUCUUGAAAUGAAAUUCAACAGAUCCAAUAUCGCGUUGGGCCGAGCUGAGGUCAGCAUCUUACAUCAUCGCCAGCGUCGUCGAAAUGAAGCAGUCUGUUGAAAAGCGCGCCCCCCGAGGAGCAGCCCAAAACCAUCAAAUAAGUGCUCUGGGAGAAGUGACAGACCUGCUCACCGCGGGCG